UGCAACUUGCGCCGACUUCGUGCGCUCCACUUCGACGCCGCUUCGUGCACUUACUAUGUGCGCCUGCUUGAAAGGAGCUGUGAUAUAGUGUUAAGUUACAGUAAUUUUAAGUGUAAGUGAAGUGUCUAUCGUAUUUCAACAGGUGAGGACAUCAAAGGAUUUAGAACAAGAACAUAACUUUUGCAACUAAGUGUUUAUAAAAACUUACAAACGUUUGUUGUAUUUGAUGUAUUUACUUUAAAUAAUGUCCUACAUUCGCUACUGUGCUCGUAUGGAAAUAACUACGUAAACAAAUGUUUUAUUUUACUGUCUUUGUAGAACAUUGUCUGAUCCAAGUCACGAUCUCACCGAUUGUUAUGUUAUGCCCAAAAGUAGUAAACACGCCUUGCGUGCCUAGAGAAAGUUCACUAUCCAAAGCCUAUUAUUUCUCCCAUUGUACUAAAUCCAAUUGCUUUAGUAUGAAAGCUUUAGCUAUUUCUCGGAAGAAAUUAAAGUUUAUUUUCCUUAGCGAGCGAAAAAGGCUGUUCCGCCAACGCUGAAUGUUGACACAGUGAGUCAGACUAGCUGGGACACAAGGACAGUGAGCCAAUACGACAAACAUGUGAAUUCUAUACAUAAUGAUACACCCACGACAAUAAUAUUAAGAUGACUCUCAUAAUGAUACUACAAUGCCUUUUUGUAGUCCUGAUCACACCGUCUGUCAUACAGUGCGUAUCCGUACUGGGACCGAGGAUACUGCGUCCGUUCGGAUCGUAUCGCAUUGCGGUAUCUGGAGGGUCCCGCCCACAGACGUUGUAUAUCGCUGUGGAGGGACGCCGCGCCACCGGUGAACAAUUCUCACAGGGACGGGAAGUGCAAGUCCAAACCGCCAACUCCCGCCUCAUUGACCUCGAUAUCGGAGACCCUGGCCCUGGUCAAUAUGUGCUUAUGGCACGAUCGACUUCAGGCCCACAAUUCUCAUCAUCGGCGCCCUUGAUCUACCAACCACGAAGCUUUUGCAUAUUCGUGCAAACAGAUAAACGAGUGUAUCAACCUGGAGAUGUUAUUAAAUUUAGAGUGAUCGCUCUGGACAAGUACUUGUUGCCGCUGACUGGCGCAGUGGAUGUGAGCGUGCUGGAUUCCGGUGGGUCGCCUGUACGUCAAUGGGUCGCUUCGAACUUAGACCGCGGGUUACUCACACGAGAACUUCUCCUCGCCGAUGAACCCGCGUUAGGCCAAUGGACUAUUCAAGCGGAGGUGCGUGGGCAGAUGUAUUCGCGACAAAUUAUGGUGGCUGACUACGUGAUGCCCAAGUUCGAGAUGGAAAUGAAAAUGCCUAAAGAAAUUUUGUUUUCAGAUAGACGUUUUACAGUUAAUGUCACCGCACGGCAUUUCAAUGGUCUACCAGUUCAUGGUGAACUAACUCUGUCGGCGUACGCUGUGUUUUUCUCCGGACUGCUGCAACCAGUGUUCUCAUCUCCCGCGCGAAAGGUCGUCGACUUCAAUGGCGGCGUUGAAGUGACUUACGAUCUUAAGACUGACCUAGACCUGGCCGAAGACGCUGCAAGGCCGCUGGUAGUCGAAGCUGUGUUGGAGGAAAAAAAUACGCUAAUAAGGCAAAAUGUGUCAUCGCGUAUCCUGCUACUGCGAACGCCAUAUAGACUAAAGGUUACAGCACCAGAACACUUCAAACCGGAAUUGUCAUACAAUGUGCAGAUCGAAGUGGUAGACCCAUCUGGAAAAAUAAUGGACAACGUUAACGAUGAUGUAACUGUAGAAAGGCUGUGGGAUGACGGCGCACCGGCCAAUGUAACUAAUGUGCCUUUGAAAAACGGUUUUGCUGCAUAUACUAUAGUUCCUAGCAAAGCGCAUACAAAUUCAACGUUGAAUUUAGUGGUAAAGUAUAAAGAAGUAUCAGAACGUGUGGUGAACAUACAAAGGAAUGAAAUGUAUGGAGGGCAAUUUUUGUCUUUGGAAGUAUUGACUCGAGAAACUUCUGUUGGAGAUGUGAUGCGAGCGCGUAUCACAGGUACAGAACCAAUGGAUUUGGUGCAUUAUGCUGUUAUUGGACGGGGAGACAUCCUUGUUGCAAAAACUCUUGAGUUGACCCCAGCCCGACAAAGCGUGGACAUUUCGGUGCCCAUUACAGUAGGCAUGGCUCCAGGCUGCGUUAUUCUAGCCUGGUACCCACGCCUGGAUCCCAUCUACAAUACAGUUCUAGCUGCUUCUGUGUUUGUGCCUCAGAAAAAUCUUUUACAACAUAAGAUUUCGGUCUUGCCCGCAUCAGCGACGGCAGCCGGGUAUCGUCCUAAUGGUUCGAUUGAGCUAAGAGUGUCGGGUGAGCCAGGAUCGCAGGCAGCAUUGCUUGGCGUUGAUACCAACGCUAUUACUGCUAAACUGUCAGACGCUGAUGGAUUAGGAAGCGGGCUGGAGAUGCAGAAGAUUGAACGUGAGGUAGAGAGCUUUAUUGGUUUGAAACACUCGAUUUUCAAGAAUGAAGACCAUCUUCCUGGAUUUGGCUUUGAUCUCGGUGGCUACACCACAGGAGAUGUUUUUAAGAAUGCUGGUGUUGUAAUUUUAACGGAAGGCGUGACACGAACUUUAAACGGAGGGGAUUCUUUUAAAGAGCAACCGGAAACAGGUACCAGACCUCCCUUAGCUGGGCCAUACGCCUUCAGUCGGCUUCCACCGCCUCUAUCUCCUCGCUAUUACCUUACUGUAAACCCGCAACCUACUUGGACAUUCACCAACGUUACACUGGGGAGUGAAGGUAAAGGAACAGGACAAAGUUGGUCACCUAUGAAUCCUGGAGAAUGGACAGUAGGCGCUUUUGCAAUCCAUUCAACUCUAGGCCUGGGAUUAGCUGUACCUCAGAGGUUUACUACAAAUGUUCCUUUGGCGAUAACAGCUGAAUUACCAGCUUCUCUGCAACGUGGAGAAACUUUGGCAGCUGUCAUCAUAUUAAAAAGCUCUCUUACCGUUGACACUUCAGUUGAAGUCACGUUCCACAAUUCUGACCAAUAUUUCGAGUUUGAGCCGCUGGAAAAUAACGUGGAAUCUUCUAAAAAAAUCGAACUUUUCCGCCGCGUCCGAGUGACGGUGCCAGCUCGGUCAUACGUUAGCACUGCUUUCUUGGUCACUGUGGUACGCAAUGGCGAAGCACCAGUCAUCGUCGAGGCCACAGGCAAUGGGGUCUCUGCGUCCCUCUUCCGUAUCAUUGACGUCAAGGAUGGUUUUGAAGAGGAUCUUUGGGCAUGGGGACUUCUAGAUGCGAGACGUAGUGUGGCACGCAGCAAUAUUACUUUAGAACCGACUGCCGGAACACGAGUUGGUCCCGUCUCGCUUUUGGGAGCAGGCACAUUGUUAGCUGGUGCAUUACAUACCCGCAACCCGGGUGGAGUCGCAGCCGAUCCACCGCAUGCAUUGCGUCCACUUGCGUUAGCGACCGUCCUUCUUGAUUACCUACAGUUGACGGACCCAAGCGAAACUACAAUAACAAUGGAAGCCCGUGCUCAAAUAGCUGCAGGCUUCCAACGUCUAAUGGCCUAUCGUCGAGGAGACGGAUCUUUCGCAGCAGAAACCGGUGACGAUGCUGUAGGCGAUCCAUGGAUGACGGCAGUAGCACUCCGUUGGCUCUCUAGGUCCGCGCGAUACGUGGAGGUGUCUCCCGUAGCUACGGCAGCAGCGGCACGGUGGCUGACUGGCAUGCAACAAGCUGACGGCUCAUGGCCAGUAACGCCAAAACCACGCAACGAUCCGCGCGCUCAGGCGCUACUGCCAUUGACUGCGCAAGCGCUUUUAGCUCUACUGCACACCAAGGGUGGCGACAUCCUUUACCAAAACGCAAUUAGUAAAGCAGUAGACUUCCUAGCUCGUGGCGUGAAUGACAAUUUAGAUGCAUACUCGCUGGCAGUUAUGAGUACCGCGUUCGGGGACACUAGGCAUCCAUUUGCAACUAAGACACUGCAGAUGAUGGACAAAUUUGCUAACACCAGCGCCACAACACUAUUUUGGUCCCGUAAGCUAUCCGGCAAUGAAUGGCGUAACCCCUGGCUGAAAGGCAAUAACUUCGAAACAGCAACUGCGGCUUGGGGCCUCAAAGCAAUGCUCGCUUCGAAGUUGGUAGAUGAGGCAUUGCCUGUAGCGAGGUACUUGUUGCAAUCGUAUCGGCCGCAAGAUCAAGAUCCUGAAGUGCUCGAUGCCCUAGCACAGUAUUCAGACGCCGUAAAAACGUCGACGAAACUACGCAUCUCUGUAAAUGUUACGGGCUUCGAAGAACCACGGCAAAUCAACAUCGACGACGACAAUGCGCUCUUUAUACAAACUCAACUGGUCCGUAACGCUCGAUCAGCUCUAGCUGUGACCGAAGGCCGUGGUAUUGCUAUAGUGGGGCUCUCUGCGAAAGGAAGUACCAACGUGACAGCCGCUUGGCCCCGUUACACUCUGGAUCCUCGCGUGGACCAGGUCUCCACCAAAUAUCGUCUGCAACUCUCCAUUUGUGCUGGGUUCGUCCCUCAAGGCAACGAAACAGAAAGUGGUUUGACUCUCCUCUCUGUGCAGCUGCCAUCUGGCUACUUAGCUGAUAUCAACACCUUGACUGAACUGACGGCGGCUCGUCACGUAGUGUCAGCACGGUUACAGAACGGUGGUGCCCGAGUAGUGGCGUGGAUGUACAUGCGUCUUUCUGAACAGUGUACAACUUUAAUAGCGCCUAGAGCCCUGCCUACUGCUCGACAGCGACCGGGAUGGGCCACUUUGGAAGACUUAUACGACUCGAGUCACCGUGCCCGCUUGUUCUUCCAACCAAUACCAAGCACGGCGUGUGACGCGUGCCGUGAAUGGGAGUCGUGUUCUAAAGCAUGCGGUUCAUCCGCAAGGCAACAGUCUGGUGGUGGUAGAGAGUCAACCGCGUCUAGUCAGGCGGCUGCGAUGGAAGUAGCUCGUAUACUUUUUAUAGGAAUGUUAUUUUUAACUUUGCAAUAAAUUUUGAAAUUGGUGUUAAAUUGUCGUUGCAUUAUUGGUUCUGUGCGGUAUGGGUCAAUAGUGUUACCGUCAACAAUAAAACUAUCGUAUCCUCGAGUAAGUAAUCAGUAUAAUAUCUGGGGUUAAUGUUAAUAGGUGUUGUUAAAAUACUAGUCUAUUAUAGUCAUUGACUUACAAAUAAAUGGACGACGGGUCUAAUACACAAACCACGAAAAAAAUGUCCCAAGUCAACCUAUUUAAACGUAGUGACAUGUAAAGGAAUAUGAAAAAGUUA